AUGUGUUGUCGUGCAAGCAACAGGAAAAGCCUGAUCCUGACCACCACCUCUCCCACGCUGCCUCGCCCUCACUCCCCGCUGCCCCUCCCUGGACACCUCGGAAGCAGCCCCCUGGACAGCCCACGGAACUUCUCUCCCAGCAACCCGGCUCACUUCUCGUUCGCCUCCUCCAGAAGAGCGGACGGACGCCGAUGGUCUUUGGCUUCUCUGCCGUCUUCUGGAUAUGGCACCAACACUCCCAGCUCAACGUCCUCCAGCUCGUCCCAGGAGCGGCUGCACCAGCUGCCCUCCCAGCCCACCAUGGACGAGCUGCACUUCUUAUCAAAGCACUUCGGCAGCACCGAGAGCAUCACGGACGACGACGGGGGCCGCUGCUCCCCCCACAUGCGGCUGCGCUCUCGAAGUCUCAGCCCCGGACGCUCGUCCUCCUGCUACGACAACGAGAUAGUCAUGAUGAACCAUGUGUACAAAGAGCGCUUUCCAAAGGCCACGGCUCAGAUGGAGGGGAGGCUGGCCGAGUUCAUCCACGCUUUCUCCCCCGAGAGCGUCCUGCCGCUGGCUGACGGGGUCCUCAGCUUCAUCCACCACCAGAUAGCAGAGCUGUCCAGAGACUGCCUGACCAAAGCACGCGAGGGCCUCAUCACCUCCGUGUACUUCUUUGAGCUGCAGCAGAAUCUGGAGAAGCUCCUGAAUGACGCCUUUGAGCGUUCAGAGAGCACCGAGGUCGCCUUCGUCACAGAGCUGGUGAAGAAGCUCCUCAUCAUCAUCUCGAGACCGGCCCGACUCCUGGAGUGUCUGGAGUUCAACCCGGAGGAGUUCUACCACCUGCUGGAGGCGGCGGAGGACCACGCCAAGGAGGGUCACCUGAUGAAGACGGACAUUCCUCGAUACAUCAUCUGCCAGCUGGGACUGACCAGGGACCCCAUCGAGGAGAUGGUAAACCUCGAUAGCUACGACAGCGAGGGACCAGCAACGCCCGAGACAGACGACUCGACGGAGGGAAAGAUCAGAGCAGUGAAACCUCCAGAAGAGGCCGACUUCCAGAGCAUCAAGCUGAUCAGUAACGGAGCGUACGGUGCUGUGUACCUGGUGCGUCACCUGGAGACCCGGCAGCGCUUCGCCAUGAAGAAGAUCAACAAGCAGAACCUGAUCCUGAGGAACCAGAUCCAGCAGGCCUUCGUGGAGAGGGACAUCCUCACCUUCGCAGAGAAUCCCUUCGUGGUCUCCAUGUUCUGCUCGUUCGAAACCCGCCGACACCUCUGCAUGGUGAUGGAGUACGUGGAAGGAGGAGACUGUGCCACUCUGCUGAAGAACAUCGGAGCUCUGCCCGUGGAGAUGGCGCGGAUGUACUUUGCAGAAACCGUCCUGGCGCUGGAGUACCUGCACAACUAUGGCAUCGUGCACCGUGACCUCAAGCCUGACAACCUCUUGAUCACCUCCAUGGGACACAUCAAGCUGACGGACUUCGGCCUGUCCAAGAUGGGGCUGAUGAGUCUCACCACCAACUUGUAUGAAGGACACAUAGAGAAGGAUACCCGGGAGUUCCUGGAUAAACAGGUGUGUGGAACCCCCGAGUACAUCGCCCCUGAGGUUAUUCUUCGUCAGGGCUAUGGGAAGCCGGUGGACUGGUGGGCUAUGGGCAUCAUCCUGUACGAGUUCCUGGUGGGCAUGGUGCCGUUCUUUGGAGACACCACAGAGGAGCUGUUUGGACAAGUCAUCACAGACGACAUAGUUUGGCCUGAGGGGGACGAGGCUCUCCCUCUCGACGCCCAGCACCUGAUCUCCUCGCUCCUGCUGACGAAUCCACUGGUUCGACUGGGAACUGGAGGCACGUUUGAAGUGAAGCAGCACUCGUUCUUCACCGAGGUGGACUGGAACAGCCUGCUGAGACAGAAGGCCGAGUUCAUCCCUCACCUGGAGUCCGAGGAAGACACCAGUUAUUUUGACACUCGCUCUGAGCGCUACCACCACGUCCAGUCCUACGACGAGGACGACACCAACGACGAUGAGCCCGUGGAGAUCCACCGCUUCUCCUCCUGCUCCCCCCGCUUCAGCAAGGUGUACAGCAGCAUGGAGCAUCUUUCCCAGCUGGAGCACAAACCUCAUGGAGUGACUCUACGGGAGCACAAGGUCCCCAGGGAGGAGCGGAUGGCCAAGAGAGAAAGUCUGGGCAGCGUCACGCUCCGGGACAAGAGCUGGAGGACUGGAUCACCUGAGAUGAAGCGUUUGUCCUGCUCUGAAUCGUCCUUCACGGAGAGCGACUCCAGUCCCCCGUCCGGGACUCGGAGACGUUUCUCCGCCCUCAUGGAUGCUCACCGCUUGCCCUCCCCUCUGGAGCUGGACUCAGAGCUGCUGGCCUCCUGCAGGCAGUCCGCAGUGAAGGCGAGGGGGACUUCCCUGGAAGGAGCCAUGGGGACCAUCUCCUCUCAAGGCGAUCUGAGAGCCCUCCUGAAAGACGGCAACGGGCUCACCUCUGGAGGUAGGAUCUUGAGACCUGCUGAUGCAUCGAUGUCUCUUCCAGGCGGAGCUGCUGUUCUGGGGCUUCCGGACGCACCGGGGCCCCGGGGGGCCGCCACUGACCUGGUGCUGCGGAGAGUUCGCCACCACCAGCUCUCGGCCGAGGGAGACAAACGUAACUCACUGCCAGGAACCAAAGUGAUCAAGUCUGCCUCUGCCACGGCUCUGUCUGUCAUCAUUCCUGCAGUGGAGCAGCACGUUGCGUCCCCUCUGGCGAGCCCCAUGUCUCCUCGCUCCCUCUCGUCCAACCCCUCGUCCCGGGACUCCUCUCCCAGCAGAGACUACUCUCCGAUGGUCAACGUCCAACAUUCUCCCAUCACCAUCCAUCGCUCGGGGAAGAAGUACGGCUUCACGCUCCGAGCCAUCCGGGUGUACAUGGGAGACAGUGACGUCUACAGCGUGCAUCACAUGGUCUGGCACGUGGAGGACGGAGGUCCGGCCCAGGAUUCUGGACUCCGAGCUGGGGACCUGAUCACUCAUGUGAACGGGGAGUCGGUCCACGGUCUGGUUCACACCGAGGUGGUGGAGCUCAUCCUCAAGAGUGGAAAUAAAGUGACGGUUACCACUACUCCCUUUGAGAACACCUCGAUCAAAGUGGGUCCCGCCCGCAAGACCAGCUACAAAUCCAAGAUGGCGCGGCGCAGCAAGCGGACCGGGGCCAAGGAGGGACCGGAGAAGAAGCGCAACUCGCUGUUCAGGAAAAUCACCAAACAGUCCAACCUGCUCCACACCAGCCGGAGCCUGUCCUCCCUGAACCGCUCGCUGUCCUCCGGGGACAGUCUCCCGGGCUCGCCCACCCACAGCCUCUCCGCCCGCUCGCCCACGCAGACCUACCGCUCCACCCUGGAGUCCUCUCACCCGGCCAACUCCUCCCAGAGCAGCUCCCCAGCCACCAGCACGCCCAACUCCCCGGCAGCCUCCCACCACAUGAGGCCCAGCUCCCUGCACGGCCUGAGUCCCAAGCUCCACCGGCAGUACCGCUCCGCUCGGUGCAAAUCCGCCGGCAACAUCCCUCUGUCCCCUCUGGCUCACACCCCCUCCCCCACCACCUCCUCCCCUCCGCCCCUCAGCGGCCACACGGUGGGGAGCUCCAACACCACGCAGACGUUCCCCGUCAAGCUGCACUCCUCGCCUCCCGUCGCCCGCCCUCGUCCCAAGAGCGCCGAGCCGCCCAGGUCCCCUCUGCUGCAGCGGGUGCAGUCGUCGGAGAAGCUCGGGGCUCAGAUUCAGCCUUCCUCCUCCUCGUCUUCAUCGUCGCCCUCUCCUCUGACCGGCGGGGUGUCGUUACGCAAGCACAGCCUGGAGGUGACGCACGGGGACUACAGGAGAGAGUCUUUCCACUGUGAGCAUAGUCUUCAGAGUCUGUUGGAGAUGGAGGGGGAGAACGGACCUGCUCCACCUUCCCCUUCAUCAUCCUCCUCCCCUUCUCCUCCCAUGGGAGGGGAGAUCGGGUGCCUGAAGCCGGGGAGGAGGCUGGGGAGACAGGAGUCGCCGCUCAGCCGGGACACACUGUUCACAGCCAGAGAUAAAGACACUCAAACCACAGCAUCUGAGACCAUCACUAGAGCUGAGUCCAAACCCAAUGUUGUGGACACGAGUAAGACUCUGUCGGCUGCUAAGGUUCUGAAGAGUAACGUCAGUGCAGCAGCUGCGGAGACCAAGUCCCGUCCAGCACCGGUUCCAUCCGCUGCAGAGACCAAACCGGGCCCUGGGGACAAACCUCCACAUACAAGUGCUUCAGCUUCGAUGGGACCAGUGACCAAGAGUAAACUCAGCGAGAAGGUCUCCACUCCGGGAACAUUAAAGAGUUUACAACAGCUUGUGAGCAAACAGCAGCAGACAGACGCUGGAGCUGGAACCAAAGCUCAGGAGAAGACUGAGGAGAAAGUGAAAGCUGAAAAACUUCCCGUGCAGAGAUCCUCGUCUACAGAUCAGUCGAAGACACGCAAGGGCUCCGAGACGGGAGAGAGAGGAGGCGUCUGCGAUAAAGCAACUGAGACGACGAAGGUCAAAGGUCCUGCACCCCCCAUUCCCACUUCAGCUCCAACCCGCCCUCCAGCUCAUGUGCCGGCUGCUGCCAGAUCCAAAGCAGAGAAGCUAUCGAGCCGUUACUGUGGCGCAAAGGAGGAGAGGGCUCACCUGGAGGUCCUGGAGGAGAACCCCAUGUCGCCCUGCUCUAACGCAGCCUCGCCCUGCUCCAGCAAGUCUCGCCCCAUGUCUCCGGGGGACAGAGCCAGCUUCGUCACCCAGCUGACGAGCGUGGCCAAGACAGUGCUCGGGCCCAUAAAGGGGGCGUCGCUGGAGGGAGCCAAGGUCCGAGACGCCUCCAAGCCGCCGGGCGAGGAGAAGCGGGGAACCACGGCAGGAAGAGCCGAGGCCGUGAGCGGGGGGGGGCGCCGCGGGGCUCAGGCGGGAUCCUCCGCCGGCGCCGGCCCGGUCCAGUCCGAUCGAGGAGCCGGUCGGAGCUCCAAGCACCACUCGUGAUAAGGGUCAGAAAGAGUCAGACUCUCCCAUGUAAUGCCUUUUACUGUAGCAUCAAACUGACAUAUCAUGAAGCAACGUGACCUGGAAUGAAGGGGGAGACACAACCGCCUGAAGAAGUAACACACGAGGUGUCACAUGUAGACACACAGAGACGCAGCUGUAGGAAGUUGUGUGCACGUGGUAUCAGAAUGUCGGCCUGUGUGUGUGUGUGCACCUGUAUGUCCUUUCCCAUGUCUUGUAUAUAGGUUUAAAAAAAAAAAAAAAAAAGUGUAAUGUCCUAACGCAUGUCUUACAUAUAUGUGGAAAAACGAAAAAAAGCAUAUUUAAAAAAAGAAGGUGAAAGAUAUAAAGCAGACCUGGAGGUAGAGAACACUGUGAACAACAUUUCAAAACAAGCAGGAUCCUGUUAGAAAACGGGCAUUACUCAUAUCCCAGAUCAGCUCCAGUGCCAUCAGUUAGUUUAUUCUGUGUUUCCUUAGAGUUCAAAAGGGACGAGGUGGAUCUUGUAUCACGAGGGUGAGCGACUCAACAGACAAACUGGAACAUGAGAUGGAACCUGAGGGGGGGGGGGGAAAGAGGUCGAUUAGAUGAACUUGCACAGGGACGCUAUGCAAUCUGCUUAUCACGCCAGUUUCCUUUGGUGUCCCCCAAUUACUCAGUUUACAUUGUGUGUCCGUCAGCAGCAGGAGGAGGAGGAGAGACGUGAGGGUCGCAAUAAGUCGAGCAUUUUGUUUAAAAAGUUGUGUUGUUCGUAGGCUGAUUACACAAAUACCUGAGUCCGAUCAACGUAUGUGAGAGAAAUGCUCGUUCAUCCACUCUUUUUCUAUUUAUGCAGUUUAUUGUUACGUGUGAAGCAAAGUGCCAGUGUGUUUUUAUUUAUUAGAGAUCAUGUGAUUUGUUGGGUUUUUUAUUUAAACGUGUAAUAAUAUGCAAUCCAUGCGUGCCCAGCUCCACAGAGACGAGCACCGGGCCAGGGGCAGAUUUUUUGUGGAGAGCGUCUUCUCUUGUGUCACAAAAAAACAAAAAUCCUCCUGACGUGUUUUUUGGACUGAGGAGUCAGAGCUGGCGGAGACUGCCACCUUGUGGGCGUUAACAGAAGGCCCUGAGGAACAACAACAGAUCGGGUCACGUGUAACGAGACGUCUCAUAUCUCUGCCUGUGGAUCUUUGCAUUUCAUACAUCAUGAGUCUGGUGCAUCGUCCUCCUGUCAACAAACACAUCCUGCAGUCUUUACUUUACCAGUUAUGACUUAAUGGUUAAAACAGACACCACCCAGUGUUCUGGACAUUCAACACCAGUCAUUUAUUUGUGUGUGAUGUGACAAACUUGCACUUUAUUUUUGUGUCGGAUACUUUAAUUAACCUUGUGUUACAUGUUUCUUUUAUAUUUUUUCUAUUUAUUCUAUUUAUUAAACCAAUUUUUUAUUUAUUCAAAUGUUUUUACGUGUCAUGGCGUAGGGGAAUUUCUGUUCUACGACUGGAAUUAGUUAUUUAUGAACAUAAAUCUACCAAAUCUGUGUGGCUGCCCCAUCCUGUGCAGUUUGGACUCUGUCAUUCCAUAAAUCUGACAUUGUGAUAUUGCUGUCAUGUCCGUCUUUGUUUCCGAGUGUUUGACUUUUUUACAGCUGCAACUCUCUCCCUGACUCGUGUUGGUCAUUCCGUCGCUACAGAUUUAUUCGCCACUGUUGUGAAAAGCCGAUGCAAAAAAGCCUAAAGUGCAGAAAUGUAAUAAAAUGCAGUGAAACCCCAAAAAA